AUGGAGGGAUCCAGCACUCCAGAAGCCAAUGGAGCCUCUAUCUCAGCUGCGAUAGCCUCUAUUCUUGGUGUGAAGGGCUUGCGCUUUCGUCCUCAUGGUUCAAGUCAAAAGGCGCACGUUGUCUUGCGACGCGUCGUAGAGGAGGACGACUCCAGUGACGACGGAAGUGUUACCCGCGUUGUUCGAUUUAGCUUGUUUGCCCACAAAAGGAUCGAAGUGAAGCCUGGAAAGGAGAUUCUGCUCACGGUCGCGACUCAGGAUGGGUCAUUCAAGGAUACAGCUGUCGUCUUCGAGGGCGAUCUUCCCGGAGACGAGUCUGACUCAAUAGAAGAGGAAGUUACACCCGCAGUCAAAGAGGAAGAGGAAGAAACGUACUACCCUCCCUUGGGGCAUGCUAUUCCACCAAAAAUGCGUAGGGCUUGGACUAAACGAAUUGAAGAAGUUAUUUCCGUCGCGCCCCAACCUGCCCCACGAAUUUCUGUUGGUGUUCAGGUGGAGCGCUCCUAUGAAUCAACAUCUAUCCAAGCGCGUCAAGCAUACCUGUCGACAUCAACUCAAACUGAUUUUCUUGGGGUCUCAGUGCAUACUCAAGUUGAUCCUAUACCAAGACCUCAAUCCAGGACGGCUGAUAGGAACGCUGUCCAAGUGCCCAAGGACAAAUAUACACAGACCGAAUUUGAACGCAGCCCUUCUCCAAUGGAGCUUGAUUCACCAAAUUCUUCGCCGCUUGUACCAUCUGCUGUUAUACCACUUGUCGAAGAUGAAUCCCUCUCCAAUUUUGUGUUGCCUUCGUCGUCAAAUUCAUGCCAUCCCAUUCUCUUUUCUGCUGAUAAAUCUAUAGUUAUGAAGGACUUACAACAAAGAGAUACUACCAUCGAUACCGUUGCUCCUUCACAUGCGAUACCCUCCCCUACCACUAUACCGUCUUCUUUGGAGACGAGUUCCAAACGUCAACGUCAGGAAGACGAGAUACACUGCAUGUCCAUACCUGCAAUCCUCAACCCGACGCUCUCUAGCAACUCGGACUCAGCCGUACAUACCGUGCCAUCGGGGGCAGAGGCACCAUCGAAAACAGCUGAUGGGCAGACGUCAUCCGUUAAAGCAUCGGCUCUCAAAGAAACGCAUAAAUUUUGUCAAACAAUGAAGAAUGCUGUUGCGUCCAGCAGCAAGAUUGCUUCAGACCAGCCAAUAUCUAAUCCAAAUCCUCCGCCCAUAAUGCCCCGUGGUUUGAGGACGUUCGAGGCCCUCCAAGGCCUCAGCAGUCGCGCUCAGGAAAAAUCUCCUGCUACUGUGCUACCAGGGUCGCAGUCGUCAGCUCCAUCGAUGGCUAAGCCUUCAGAACCUCGGGUGAAUGGCGGAUCGCUGCCCCCAGACCCCAAGGCCCUCGCCUACAUUGUUUCUGGACCAUCGACGAACCGUCUUGGCAUUAAACCUUCUUCUAACUCCAUGAUACAUCGAUCUCAGCGUGCGCCACCCUCUGCACCAAAAAUUCUCAAACAAGCGACGGCAGCGAAGAAGCCUGUCGUUGUUGGCACGGGUUGGUCCGCUGCAAAAACCUCCACUGGAGGAUCGUCUUCAGCUUCGGUAUCAUCUAGUAGUUCCUCUCUUUCUUCUGUUUCCUCGUCGCCGCCUCUUCCAACUCCACCGCCAACUGCUCAUGUCUCCCGAGUCGCCGUGAGGACUGCCAGUCUGUCACAGAUCACAGCUUAUUCUGAUUCACCCUCACCACCACCACCUCCUGAAGGCGACCCUCCGCCCAAGCCACCUACACCACCACCAUCAACCCCACCACCUCCGGUCAGCAAGUGGAAGCGAGUGGCACCUGACUUCACGCCUACCCCCAACAAUGUAGGACCACCAGCAAAACAUUUACCUCCUGCCUCUCAGCCAACACUUCCGGCUACCUCAAAUCUCCCAAAUUCCACGUCAGGUAUGGUCAAUGGCCAAAGGACUGUGUCUCAAGAUGUGCCCUUGAAGGAUCGCAUAUCUCAGGAUUUCUCGACGCCGAAAGCUUUACCCACACAGACACCCGCAUCCUCAAAACGUGACCUUUUAACUCGUUUAUUUGACAUCCCUGGGGCAACCCCUGUGCCACCGCCCGCGACUUCGACGAAUACGAGUGCGAAUGGGAAUAAGGUGGUACCUACCGCUGUUCCGGCGCCACUCACCCACCCCUUACCUCCAAAACCUGUUACAGCCAUUCAUACUGGUUCUACGUACCGAGGCACCAAACGUGAUCGUCCCAUUUCGCCUGAGCCCGAUCGAAAGAGUCGAAGACGGAAACGAACAUUCAAAUGGCCAACGGUCGAUAGCAACGCGACCAUUUCUUUGCAAGGAGAAGGAAACCUUGGCGUGCGGACGAUUGCUUUCAGUGCGGAUGGGAGUCACUUUGCCUUGAGCUGGUAUAUAAUGGAGGUCCUCGUAUGUGAAGGUGCUGAUCGUACGAUUCGGAUAUGGAACAAUCGAACGCGCUCGGAGAUAGCAAGACUGUCACAUAACGCGCCGAUCAUGGCCACCAUGUGGAUGGAUGGGGACGCGGGUGUCAUCACGCUUGGAAACGAUGGGAUGGUUAGCAAAUGGACUCGGAGCGGCGAAAAUCAUUGGAAGUGGGCCAAGAUUCUUGAUGCAGGCGUAGACGAUGGGACGGGCGACGAUCCCAUCUGUCUGGCAUAUUUGAAGGAUCGGCUUGCAGUGUCGUUUCCUCACCUGGGAGUCAAAGUGUGGGUUUGGUGUAAAGGUACAUGGCAACCCCAAAGGUCAAUCAUACGGCAAGGUGUUACUUCAAUCAAGUUUAUUGAUGACGGUGCUGCUAUCAUCGGUGGCACUCGUGAAGGCGUGCUAUGGUACUGUGAAAUACCGAAUGGAACACUGCGUGUCUACUGUUUCCUUAAAACCAGGAUAACGUCUCUGGAUGUCAGUCCGACUGGACUUCACUUGUUGGCGGGACAGACAACAGGCGAUGCACAACUGGUCACAAUUCGCAAAGAGGAGAAGAAAGGUACCUUGGAUCAAAACUACACUUGCAAAGAGUUGGACGGGGAAAGUGGUAACGCCUUUGGUCCUGUCUUCGCCACGAAAGGUCAAGCUAUAUUAUUUGCGAAUAUUGAGGGAUGUGUCCUUGUGUGGGACAGAAAGAAGGGUGCAAUAGUCUAUGGCCUGGAACACGAUGAAGAUGAUUGGAUACAGGCCGUCGCAAGCUUCGACGGUUCUCCAGGGAGAGAUGGUUGCCUUCUCACUGGCACGAAGCAAGGACAGCUGUCAUGGUGGUCACAGCCCGUUUCUGCCCCUCAGACCACUGAUGCUUGGGUCAAGGUGACGAAUCACAAAAGAAGCGGGCAAAGGCGGGGACGUGAUGAGUUGUGA